AUGCCACUCUUUCCAAUCGUUUUGUGGGCCCAGAAAAAGGAAUGCCUGUACUUGACCAUAGAGCUCCAGGAUGCUGAGGACACUAAAAUUGACUUGAAAGAAGACAAAUUAUAUUUUUACGGAAAAAAAGAUAAAAAUGAAUACGAAUUUACACUAAACUUUUUAAAACCAAUAAAUGUAGAAGAGUCCAAGUACAGUACUAAGAGAAAUAUAAAGUUUAAAAUUAUAAAGAAGGAAAAGGAAAGAUGGAAGACCAUAAAUAAUGAUGGAAAGAAGCACUGGGUGAAAUGUGACUGGAAUUCCUGGGUUGAUACUGAUGAAGAAAAUAAAACAACAGAAUAUGACGAUAUGGCAAUGAAUAGCUUUGGAGGUAUGGGAGGCAUGCCAGAUAUGAGUCAAUUUGGAAACAUGGCAGGAAUGGGAGGUCUUGGAGGUAUGCCCGGAAUGGGCGGUAUGCCAGGCAUGGGCGAUAUGGAUUUCAGUAAACUAGGAAAUAUGGGUGACGAUAUGCCCAACUUUUCAGGACUAGGAGGAAUGGAUCAGUUUAAAAAUAUGCCUAAUAUGAAUGGCAUGAAUGAUGAAGACUCCAGUUCAUAUGGCGAUGACAGCAGUGACGAUGAUGAUGAUGAGGAUGACGACGAUGAUGUUGAUAGCAAAAAUGGUGCAGAUAAAAUUCACGAGUGCAAGGACGCCAAGUGCAAAAUGGAGAAAAAUGGAGCACAUGAUGAAGAUGUCAAAAUUCAGGACCCAAUUGUCGAGGUGCAGGAACCCGUAGCAUAG